AUGCAUCGCCGCUCCUUCUUACCUCUCGUCCUCCUCAUCCUCUUCGCCACUGCAGGAUGUAUCAGCGGUCUGGUCACCACUGACGAUGGCGCUGAAAACAACGUCCAUACCAUGCGCUCGAUCAAUCGUCGCAACCUCGACCCGACCCGCACUGAGACCAAGACCGUGGUCGACCACGAGGACGAGAACCGAAUGUUAGAAAAUAUCCGGGCCUUCUUUACGGGCAAGAGCGCUGCUAUCGUUGAGGCUUUCAAGCCGACCCCUGCACUGGUUGAGAAAGGGGAGACCAUAGCAAAGGAUCUGCACGUUCCGGUUGUUACGAAGGCUGUCGAACCGAUGCCUGGCGUGACAAAGGACGCGGGCGUCGGCGAAGCAGUGAAAGCGGAAGGAGAGCUCGACAAGACUAAGACUGGCGAAGCCACGGACCCCGCCGUGGUGGACGAGACAAAGGGCGGACUCAUUGGGAAAAUCCAGGCGCUAAUUAAGGGGAUCCCUGCUAGUGGAGAUUUCACGGCUAUCAAGGUCGCGUACAGCGUUCUGCUGCUGGCCAUAUUAGUGUUCAGCGCUAUAGCUGUCGGUAUGUAUCACCAUAACAACGCAGAAGCUAUGGCGGCUCAGACUGGGCACUAUGUCUAA